AGAGAGCAACACAAUGUUUCGUUAUGUUUCGUCACAUGGUGAAGACGGAAUGUAAGCACAUUAUGGCGAAGUUCGUGCCAUGCCAUUCAUCGUGGGGCUGAUGACUCACACCCUCGAUGCGCGGGCCUGCGGGGUUCCGGUCGAAUGCUAGGUUAGGUACCUCCGGCCCUGCUCGGAACUCCGGUAACGGAAGGUAAAAUGAAAGAGCGCCGGUCCCCAAUUUUCUCCUCGGCACGCGAUUUCGGGAACACUCCGGACGACGCAAGAGUUCAACAUCCAAACGCAUUCAUAUCCGGUCGUUCAUUCGCAUUGCUACCGGAGAAGAAAACCAUUGAUCCCAGCUUUAAUUACGCCAUUUUUGCGUUCUCAGUCUGGAAAAAAAGUGCCAUGACAAUCACUGCAGAACCCGUUCCUAGCGCGGCCGACCUGUUCAAUGUCAACGGCUUGGUCGCAGCUGUGACAGGUGCAGGCGGAGGCAUCGGGUUGCUGAUGGCCCGGGCCCUGGAGGCCAACGGGGCGAAAGUGUUUAUCCUCGACAUCAACCCAGCCAAACUAGAGGAGGCCAGUAAACAGUCGAAAUUUGGGAAUCUGUUCCCGAUUCAGUGCGAUAUCACGUCUCAGGACAGCCUCAUCAAGGCGACAGAAGCAAUCAAGAACCAGGUUGGCCAUGUAAAUCUGUUGGUUGCCAAUGCCGGCGUGCCAGGGCCGUAUCCGCCCCGGAUCCCAGCCGGAGCGUCGAUAUCGGACGUAUUCGACGCCUGGUGGAGCACCCCGUUUGAGUCAUUCCUCAGUACCUAUAGGGUCAACGACGCCGGCACCUUCUACACCGUGCUUGCGUUUCUGAAGUUGCUGGACGCGGGGAACAGGCAGAAGAACGUUGGAUUUUCCAGCCAGAUCGUCACCACCGCGAGCAUCACGGCUUUCAACCGAACAGCCCCCAGCGGCUUCGCGUAUGCUACCAGCAAGGCCGCCGUCAUACACUUGAUGAAGCAGCUGUCGACUUAUCUGGUUCCUUUUCAAAUUCGUUGCAAUGCGAUUGCUCCUGGAUUGUAUCCUACAGAAAUGUCGAGCCCGGCCCUGGACGUCGACCAGGAUGCACUUCUGGCAACCAUCCCCGCUGGACGGACUGGUGACGCCAACGAUAUAGCCGGGACCAUUCUGUAUCUGGCUUCCCGGGGAGGGGCGUAUUGUAACGGCAUGGUGGUCCUCACGGACGGAGGGAGACUCAGUACUAUGCCAGCAACCUAUUAAAUCAGUGCGCCUCAUGUUUACGUUUGCAUUGUAAAGUACCAACCUAAGUUACGCCCAAGACGUGGAAAAGUGCAUGGCCCCGAACUUCGCAAGGAGGGGCUUACUGAGGAAGGGGAACAUUGGUCUCCCGAAUCAUAACCAAUGCUUCCCUUGUAUUUUAUUGUACAUAGC